GUCCUUAAAAAAGUAAUGACUUCCUACAUCUGGGGACAUUCAAACAAAGUGAAGUUAGUUAAAUAUAUAUUUUGUUUUUGUAAAUGUUGACCAGGAUUUAACAGUGUGCUUAGGAUUAUCUGUUUUAUAUACUUAAUUUUUUUUUCGAUUCGACAGACAAUACAGAAGAAGACAGUAUAAUUGAUUGAAAUUUUCCAAAACAAGAAGAUUAAAUUACAUUAAAGGUUUGGAAGAUUAAGUCUUGAAAUGUGAAAAACACAAUAAACCAGCAAUAACAUUGGAAAGCUGGAAACACUUGGAUUAAAUUGGACAUUUGGAAACUACUUCACUGUAAAUUUGAUGAGAAUCAGAAUGAAAAUUUAAAACUAGAUUGUUUUAUUUGUGGAAUUUAAUUACUUAAUUGUCUUUUUUGCGUAUUUAUUUCAACAUGGGUGGAUGUUCAAGCAAAUCUGAAGUUAAUGAGAAAGCAACGAUUGGGAGAAAGGACGUGCCGCCCAACCCAACCCACCCACUACAACUAACGAAGAAAGUGUGUCAGUUUUGUUACAUGAAGUAUGACAACUGUAAGUGCGUGGCAGCGGUGUCCUAUACGCCGCUGGGCAGCAAGUCGUUUGAGGAUUUGAAGCUUGUCUGAAAGUUUUGACUUAAAGCGUUUGUGACUGGAAAUGUUUUUAAUACAGAAAUAUGUGUGUAAACUGUGAUAUGAUGAAUGAUGGAAUACGUUUUAAUUGGCUUGAUGCAAUAUUGACAUCUGAAUGUUUUUGUUUUUACCAAAGGUCUGUGUACUUUACACGUUGUUUUGUAAUAUUACAAACGAUAGCCAUUACCGACGGGUAUUUAGAUAUCCUUUUGAAAGCUGAUGAUAUAUUUGUUGAUGGAUAGAUAUAAAAAAGUGUUUACUUACAUCUGUGGGAACCAAUUUCAUACAUAUAAUAUAUCAGCACUGGAGCAUUAAAAAAUAUUAUAGUAGUUUCAAGUGUUGUAAUAAGAUCACAGGACUUAAUUUUAAAAUUAAGCCAUCAGAACACCAUGGGGGCAGCAAAUUCUUGUGGAACAGGCGCUGAACCAUUAUAGAUGGUGGAUUCCACUAGGAAAUACCUUCAAAUUGAGGAACUGGUAAUAUGUUCGGUAUGCUUACGGAAGUACACCGACCCCCGUAUGCUGAAAUGCCAGCACACGUUUUGUUUACAGUGCUUGGAAGGACUGGUAAGAAGUGCGGAAGAGAAGUCGUUGAUCGACGUCUGCUGCCCACAAUGUAGACUGCCAGCAGUAUCCACGGAGAAGAUUCUUGAAUGUUCUCCGGAGAAAUGGGAAAAACAUUUUUUCCCCAAAAACAUAACAAUAGAGAAAAUUCUUAGCAAUUUGCCAGAGGAUGAGGAAUAUUGUGACAAGCAUGCUGAUAAAUUGUACAAAUACUUCUGUGAAGGUGAUAAACAUCUCUGCUGCAGCACUUGUAUAUUAGAACUGCAUAAACGCUGUAGAAAUGUCGGUCCUGUUGUGGAGUUUACAAAUAAUAACACACAGUAUGCAUCUGUGUGCAAAACUGUGCUGGCCGAUCUGAAAAAGGCUCUUGGUAGCACUCAUACCAUCCUGAAUCAGCUGAAAAACAAUGUGCUCAAGCUGGAGAAAGACAAGGAUGCCAUAUUCAGGCAGUUACAACAAUUGAAAGAGAGUGUUAUCACCCACAUAGAAAACAACGAGCAAGCAAUUAAAGAACAGGUGAAUGAAAUUCUAAAAAACAAAUAUGAAGAGAUUUCAAUCAUUGAAGAUCUGGAUAAGAAAUUUAUAGAAUACAUGAACAGAUUGAAUAAUCAUGGAAAAUUAGAACCAUUGCAAAAGUUACGAACCCUGACAAUUAUUGAUCGAUUCACAAAGGAGGAUGUCGAUGAACUGCAGAUGGCACAGAAUAAAAUGCGGACAGUUACCAUGGAGUUUGUGCUAGACCAAUACAAACUUGGGACUAUCAAGAAACAGCUGAGCAAUACUGUUGCACAUUUUCUUGUUUAUGAUCGAGCAAUAUAUUGAUGUGACAGAUGUUUUGCUUUCUUGUUUGCCAGUGCACUUAAAUUUAGAAAACAGAGUUACUCUUCUCUUCUUUUUUUCCGAUUCUUUGUAUAAAAUAAUGCCUUUUGAGAGUCAAUAUUGCUGUUGUCAGGUCAAUAUUAUAUAUUAAAAAAAAAUAAAUCAAAACAAUCAAUGUUGCUAGCCUUUUAUCCGUAUAUUUAAUUUGUUUAAAGAUUAAAAACAAAAAAAGAUUGUGUUUACAUUGAAAAUCCAGUGGCUUUAUGAGUAUAUAUUGUGUAAUAUUAGGUUAGUUGCAGAUUUAAUAUUUUUUUUUACAUUUUCAGGAACUGAAUCUUGUUUUAACUUUUACUAGUAAUUGCUUUCAGUUUAUUUAUUAUUAAUUAAAGUGAUAUUAUGCACAUUUUUCACUAGUGAAUUGAACUGAAAAGAAUUAACACAUCAAAAGAGUUAGUUAAAAUGUGGUAACUUACCAAUUUUAAGGUCACCAAUUAUCUGCAACUCAUCUUGCUACCAGUUGUUUAUAAAAAAUAUAUAUUAUAUUCUAUAUUUUACAUGACUGUCCCAGUCCUCUAAGCUGAGCGGAACUGUCUUUUAUUAGGAUCGGAGUUAGUGUUUGUGUGUCGUAUGAAUAGAUAUCGCUGCAGGAAAUUAAAAUGAUCCGUAAGACAAAAUUGUGUCUUUGUGUCGUAUGAACGAAUCUGCACUAAAACUAAAUUUAGAUUUACAUCGUACAUGCAUGAUCAGUUUGCAAACAAAAGUACAGUUGAUAUUCAAAUGCAUUACUUUUUUCUUUCCAGGAUAUUGUUUUAGUAUGUUGAUGCUGCAUUAACAAAUAUAAGUGUAUAUGAAGUGAAAACACCAAAAAUAAACAACGGUUGCGAUAGACACCUAUAAACAAAGGAUAUACUGUUAGAUGGCAUAAGGUCCAUUUUCAAAUGAUGCGGCUUAUAUCAUGUCCUGGUAUGUAAAUAUUAUAUCUUGCAAUUUUUAUAUCAUGUCUAUCAUUGAUGUGUAUAUUUGUGUUUGUUGCUUAUACAAAACUUCAUGCUUCAUGCCCCCCCCCCCCCCCAGCAUAUGACAACAUUUGUUUUAGAGAGUAGAAUAUUAUUUGUAAAACAUGGCACCUUUGUCAAAUAUUUAUAUUUCAAAGGAUCAAUUAGUUAUAUAGUGUUGGAGUUAUGCUGUAGAGAAUAAAAUAUAUGGAAAUGAAAAAGGGAGGUAAUUUAAAAAACUACAGGCGAUAGAGUUAUGGUUCUUAGUCACUGCACUUCUCCUACUUGCCAUCUGUUUAUAUUUCAAGUUUCAAGUAAAUCCUUCAGUAGAUUUAGAGUUAUGCUUCGAACAAAAAUUUACUAAGAAAUUAAUUAUAGGGAGAUAAUUAAAAAACUAAGGUAGAUAGAGUUAUGGUUCUUAGUCACUGCACUUCUCCUACUUGCCAUCUGUUUAUAUUUAAAGUUUCAAGUAAAUCCCUUCAGCAGAUUUAGAGUUAUGCUCCGGACACAAAUUAACUUUGAAAUUAAAUGAAGGGAGAUAAUUCAAAAACUAAGGUAGAUAGAGUUAUUGAUCUUUGUCACUGCACUUCCCCUACGUGCCAUUUGUUUAUAUUUAAAGUUUCAAGUAAAUCCCUUCAGUAGAUUUAGAGUUAUGCUCUGGACAAAAAUUUCCUUUUUUUGAAACAAAAAUGUGUAAAAAUCUAUAGCCCGUUCAUUAUGUGAAAAUAAACAUUUUUGUUUUAUCAAACUUGUUAAAUUUUAAUGUGAAUAAAAAGCACAAGUUGAGCAUGAACAUAGUUACAAAACUAACAAAUAUUGUUUUUAAAUGAUAUUUUACAGUCAUGUAAACACAUCCAAUUAAAUCACAAAAAGUGUGAAUUGUUUAUCCAAA